UUCUGUCGAUACCAUUGUACUAGUUUUGUGGGGUAGCCAUUUUAACUUUUGGCGUCGAAAAAACUACGGAGAGCAAAAUUCGCAUAUCCUGUAGUUUUUUUAUUUUGCAUUUAACGCAAGUCAGUUUGGUCGUGCAGGCAGCUGAAGCUUAGCUCGUGUGUGUGUCCCGAGAGAUUCGAAACGUGUGGGUUAGCAGUUCAGUUGUACACAGUUGUCUAAUUAACUCAUCGAGUCAAGUACAGUACAAUGUCGAUGUCUGCCACGUGCUACAAGUGCAACCGGCCGGGCCACUUUGCCCGGGACUGCAGUCUCGGCGGUGGACCAGGAGGUGGUGGACCCGGAGGUGGCGGCGGUAUGCGUGAUGGCGGCGGCGGCGGUGGCAUGCGUCGCAAUCGUGAAAAGUGCUACAAAUGCAAUCAAUUUGGGCACUUCGCACGCGCGUGCCCAGAGGAGGCCGAGCGAUGCUAUCGCUGCAACGGCGUUGGUCAUAUCUCCAAGGACUGCACUCAGGCCGACAAUCCGUCAUGCUACAGGUGCAACAAGCCCGGACAUUGGGUGCGCAAUUGCCCAGAGGCUGUCAACGAGCGCGGAUCGGGACCGGCAAAUGUCUCGUGCUAUAAGUGCAACCGCACCGGACACAUCUCCAAGAACUGCCCGGAGACAUCAAAGACUUGCUAUGGCUGCGGCAAGAGCGGACAUCUGAGACGUGAAUGCGACGAGAAGGGCGGACGGAACUAGGAGAGAUAGGCGCUAGCGCUUAUUCUCUCUCAAAAAAUCAACGAAAAUGUUUUGUCAAAUAAAAAAAAAUGAAAAGAAAAAAAUUUAAUGAAAAAAUCAAUUGCCAGCCAAACAACAACAAGAAGAACAAGAACAUCUUAAAAGAACAGCAAAGCAAGAAGAAGCGACCAAUCAGUAAAAUAACAAGUCAAGAUCAACAGACACAUACGAAAACAUCCCUAAAAACACCACACACAUACAAACUCGAACACACCAUAUACACAUACAAACAUUCAUACAAACACCUACACCCACACAACUACAUAUAUUUAACCAUCAUCUAAGCAGUACAUCUAAUUCCAAAGCUCUGAGCCUGCAGUCGAAGAUGAAACAUGAUGAAGACUAAGAAGAAGCACACGACGAUGGAGAACUGCCUGGGUGCAGUUGUGAGCUGAAGACAGAGAGGGACAGACAGACGGACGUCGUCGUUGUAUUUAGUAGCUACUUCCACAAUACAAGAUAGCAGAGAGAAUGAACAUCAGAACUAUAUUACGAUUAUGCUGCAAACGUGUUUGAAUUUACUAAUUACAAUUAUAACAAAAGAAAAAAACAAACAACUAUAUAAGAAUAUAUAAUUUACCUUAAACAAAAAGAUAAAAAAUUAUAUUAAAAAAAACACAUACACGUAAUAUAUACAUAUAUAUAUAUAAAUAUGUACUACAAAGUAUCCUAUUAGGAGUUCCAACACGCAGAAGAUAAACAACAACAAAAAAUUGAUGCAGAAGCAAGCGGAUAGAGCAAAAGUGAGAGGAGAGGCGAUAGACAUACAAGAGAGAGACGUUACUCCAAUAAAAGCUGCGGCCGGCGAGCUUUUGCACUUCACACCAAUCAUCAACAAGCAAGAUCUCUAGCUGGUUCAGUUAGCUAAGCUACUACGGCUAACUAACUAACUAAGCUAAGCAGCGCAGCUAAAAGAAAGAACAGCAGACUCGAACAAUGGCAGAUAUAUACAUAUAGUAGACGAAAAGCAAAAAGCUGCAUAAUGAGGAUGGAAAUUGAAGAAGAAUGAAUGACGACACGCUAAUGAAAUGAAACACAGACUCAGUUGUAAAAACUUUUUCACUUGUGCGAGGACAGAAAAAACAAGGCGAACUACGAAGAUGAUGAGAAAUUCAAAUAUCACUGUGAUUGUUUUUUUAAUUGUAAAUUAAAAUGCUGGAGCUGCUGAUUUGAGACAAAAGAAAUAAUAAUAAUAACCCCAUAAA